AUGACCACCCAACUCCGAGAAACUCAAUUCGGCCAUCUCGUCCGGCUUGUGACCAACAAGAAGCUACUUCGGUUCCCAGACGAGAAUGACCCUUCGCUAUGGAGGACAUCGCUUGAGCGAGGACCUCUCCCAGCACCUACCGACUCAUCGGGGAAAGACGAAACCGACCCUGGAGCCGAACGUAACUACUCUGUCCCGGAUACAGCUGUACAAGAUUUCGAAGCACAAGAGUCUACUCGCAAUGAACCUGGCCUGCAACAGAGCAUCGAAGGUGGAUAUUACCAUAUUAUAGGCUGGUAUAAGCCGGAUGAUCCUGAGAAUCCUCAGAACUGGUCCAGCACAUGGAAAGUGUUGGUCGGUCUCCAAAUCUGCCUUCUCAACUUUUCAUUCUACAUUGCAAGCUCCAUUUAUACCCCAGGACAGUCGAGUAUUAUGGAGGAGUUUGAUGUGAGUGAGACCGUGGCAACAUUAGGACUUUCGCUGUUUACCCUUGGUUAUGGGUUUGGGCCAAUGCUUUGGUCGCCAUUGUCGGAAAUCCCGAAGCUGGGGCGAAACGACAUCUACUUCUGGACGUUCACCGCUUUCGUCCUCUUGCAGCUUCCAACCGGCUUCGCCGUCAAUAUGCCCAUGUUCCUCGUUUUUCGGGCGGUGACCGGAUUUUUCGGCAGCCCAGCUCUUGCAACUGGCGGUGGUACCAUAGCAGACAUGUAUUCACCAGCUGCGACCACAUACGGGAUCUGCAUUUGGGGCGCUUUUGGGAUUCUAGGGCCAGUGUUCGGUCCACUUGUAGGGGGAUUCGUUGCACAAGCCAAAGGAUGGAGGUGGACGAUAUGGACAUUCACGUGGCUGUGCGCAUUGAUGGUGAUAGUGAUAUUCUUCCUGCUUCCGGAGACCAGCGCAGAGAACAUCUUGUAUCGACGAGCAAAGCGACUACGAAAAGCGACCGGCAACGAGCGACUCAGGAGCCAAUCUGAAAUCAACGCUGAGCCCCACACCAUGAAAGACCAUCUGACGGUAUUGAGUCGAGCGUUCACGCUCACAUUCACUGAGCCAAUCGUCCUCUCGCUCGACCUGUACACGGCUCUACUGUACGGCGUGCUCUUCAUCUGGUUCGAAUCCUUCCCGUUGGUCUUCGGCGACAUCUACCACUUCAGCAUCAGCGAGCAGGGACUGGCGUUCCUGGGCAUCUUCAUCGGCGGCAUCAUCACAGUCCCUCUCUUUCUGCUGUGGAUCCGCCACGGCAUCGUCCCACGCUUCACAAAAUCAAACUUCAUGCCCGAGAUGGUCCUACCGCCGACAUUUUUCGGCUCCGCGGCCCUCCCGCUGUGCCUGUUCUGGUACGGCUGGUCCGCGCGAGAGAGCGUCCACUGGAUCAUGCCUGUCAUAGGGUCUUCUUUCUUCACCGUUGCCAUCGUCACCUUGUUUAAUCCCGUGCUCAGCUACCUGGGCAUCACCUAUCCUACACACUCGGCGUCAGUUUUCGCUGGGAAUGCUCUCUUCCGUGCCUCCUUUGGCGCCAUCUUCCCACUUUUUGCAAGACAACUCUUCCGCGAGCUAGGCGUCGGGCCUGGAAACUCCCUGCUGGGCGGCAUCGCCAUAUGCUUCCUUCCCAUGCCCUAUGUCUUCUACAAGGUAAGGAAUUUCGACUCAAUCCAACCUACAAUCACUCCUCUUCCUCAUGAUUCGUACAAUGAUGCGGGUGUCAAAAUUCCUCGAGAACAGUCUUACUGA